AUGUCGACUGAGUCUCAGUCGGUAGUAGACAAUGUAGAACCUAAAAAGGUGGAUCCAUCUGCUAAACUGUUACCUACCGUUGCUUGUGCAGUUAGAUUAUCUCAAGAAUUCCCUAUAUCGGACACUCCUGCUUAUAUUUAUUAUAAUGAUUUCCCACAAUACAAGGCCAUUGCAUCUGGACAGUCUAAGAAAAUCCUUUCCAUUUUACAAAAUAUUUUGGAUAUUUUAGACGCCAAAGCCAAUGUUCUAGACGUUCCAGUAGCCAAGAGUAUUGAAGAGAAAUUCACAUCCAUUGUCGAUGCCAAUGACAGAAUACUUGAAAAACUGACAAUGGCUAUGAACUUUGAAGAAGAUCUUAAGCGUAAAGCAUCAUUCUUGGAGUCAAAAUCAGAGGAUUUAGUAGCUGCAGUUCAUCGGAGAAAUAAAAAUUUAAGAGAAGGCAACGAUGAAACUACUGAAGCAUCUGAUGAUGGUGCAAUAAGACUUUUGUCUUCCAAGAAUAUUGUCAGACCACAAGCAUUAUUUUCACGUCCACCGGACAACUCUCAUUUACCCUUCCGACCAUUAAUAAAAUCGAAACCGAAUUGCAUUGUAUCACUUUCUGAAUGUCUACCUGAACACUUAGAGGAGAUGGAAGAGUAUCCUCAUCCAUAUCAACCAGAGUUGGAGGCUUUUUCGAGUUGUUUAUCUACCUGGGAGGCAAUGCUUUCAGAGGAGUUUCCAACUAAACCUCUAGAUGAGUCGUACCGCUUUGUUAACCAACUAGAAGCUCUUCAAGAGACUGUAGACGCUAUUUCUAUUUGUAAAUAUAUCGCAGUUGACUUGGAACACCAUAAUUUUCGUAGUUUCCUGGGGAUCACAUGUCUGAUUCAAAUUAGUACUUCAGAUACAGACUACGUGAUUGAUGCUUUGGCUCUACGCGAUCAUUUGUCAAUACUGAAUGAAGUGUUUACCGAUCCGAAAAUAGUCAAGGUCUUUCAUGGAUCCGAUUCAGAUUUGAUGUGGUUACAACGAGAUUUCGGUGUAUAUGUGGUCAAUUUAUUCGAUACAGGCAUAGCUUCACAUCUGCUGCAAUAUUGUCGUUUCUCGCUGAGUUAUCUGUUGCAUCGAUUUGUUGGUGUAAAUCCGAAUAAGAAAUAUCAAUUGGCUGACUGGCGUAUGAGACCAUUACCAGAUGAAUUGAUUGAAUAUGCACGAACAGAUACGCAUUAUCUUUUGCAUAUUGCUAGUCGAAUGUGUCAAGAGUUACAGGAUAGAAAUUUACUGUCAAUUGCUCAUGAAUGCGGUCGACAAUUAUGCCUUAAACGUUAUACAAAGCCUGUAUUCAGUCGUCGUGGCUAUCUGGAUUUGUAUCGACAAGCUGGUGAGAAUAGUUUCAGUCAUCGUCAGUUAUAUGCUCUGGAGAACCUUUAUGCACUACGCGAUACUAUAGCUAGACGUGAAGAUGAAAGUAUUCAUUAUGUAUUACCAAAUCAUAUGUUAAAAGUGAUAGCUAAAGAAUUACCACGUGAAUCUUCUGGGAUAUUUGCUUGUUGUAAUCCUAUCCCACCGCUGGUGCGUAAAUAUGUUCAUGAUUUGCACAAAAUUAUACUGGAUGCAAGAGAGCUGCCUUUAACUGAUCUGCCGCUGACAUCCGACGAAUCAUCUGGUCAACCGAAUGCAAAUCAAGGAGAUAAUAGAGAAGGUCUAGAUCAUUCAAUAAUAGGCGAAUUCAGAUAUGCUCUUCCUCAUGAUUACUCUCAUGAUACUGCAUUGUCGACAACUACUGUCCAUGAUGUGUCUACUACUAUGGAAGUAUCUGAAAACGGAAAACGGUUAUCUGCAUUGGCGUCAACUUUUCUACCGAAGAAUUCUACCAUCAACUACACAGCUAUUGAACAGGAUUGUGAUGAAGAUCAACAAUUGAACAAUAAACUAUUAGAUGCAGAUCGCAUAUUAAUAAAAAAGAUAUUGACACUUCUAAAAUUACCGUGUUCACAACUUCUUGUACCUCCUGAGGAGCCGUCAUAUUUGAAUAUGUCAAAUUCUGUAAAAAAUGGUGAUACAGACCAAUCGUUGACUGAGGCUACUGACAUUUCAACUAUGUCUGAUCAAGUGGUCAUCAAAUUUGAUGAGACACCUUUACGAAAUCAAUCCACUGAUGAAUUGAAACGACCUUAUAGUGCAGAAUGUAUUAAAAAAUCAUCAAUUCCUAAUUACAAUAAUGAUGAUAUUAUGCUUCUAUGCAAUGAAAAGAAACGCAGAAAAACGCUACAACACCAACACCAGCAACAACAACAACAAUCGUCAAUAUUUCAGUCCAAUGAGAAUAACAGUAUUUGCCUCACUGAUACAGAUGAUGUGUGCAUUUCAGUUAAAUCUGAACCAGAUUCUGAACUAUCAGAAGCCAAUUGUUCAUUUACUACACCAGCUCAUCCUUCAGCUUGUUCUUCUGGUAAGAAGAAUAAUUAA